AUGUUCCCUCAUUCGAGUAUUGACGAGGAGUCACUCGCAAUGCAGCUUGUCGCAGUAAGUCCACAUUUCACACAUUUGCAGAUUUGCUGUCAGGAGUUGAUGGAUCGGAGAGCUUUUGAUGUCGUCAAGACUGUCAUGUCCAGCCCAGCUGCCCUUGGAGGCAUAUUUGGGUCACUGGCACUCAAAUAUGCUGAGAGAACUGGACAUUCUGUGUUGGCUGAGAAUAUUCUCAAUUUAAUAACUGCCUGUCAAGAAGAGACUCCCCCGGUUAACAAUUCGACGAUUGGAAAUGAUUAUUCGGAGGAAAUAGUAGUCCCCAGAACAUUGCGUAUUCAACCAGGCAUUUGUUCAAAGAAGGACACUCGCAUGUCUCCCGAGCGUAACGAGUCCGUCAUGUCAGCCUCCUUUCUAUCUCAGUCCCAAAUGACGGUGGAUGAGUCGUUCGAUCAAAGUUUUGUAGAAAAAUCGACUCGUUCAUUCAAUCCAUUCCGAGUUGACAGAGAUGACCCUUCAGCCAGUGUCGAUGAUUUUAAUGAAAAGGUCAGAAGAGCCUGCGAGUCCCACCCGAAGAAUCCCCCGUCCAAACGGAAAAAGAAAAUUUCUGCAUUUGACAUGUGGUUGAGUGAGACUGGUAAUUCUGAUUCGAGAGGGCGUGCUCAGUUGCUGGCUGAGUUCAGUAAGUUGUCGUCGGAUGAUAAGAAAGUUUGGUACUACUGGGCUGAUGUGUUUAGUAUUGGAAGGAUAGGGCUGAGUGACUGA